AUGGCUCAUUGGACAGUGUUACAUUAUUGCCCAUUGGACAGUGUUGCAUCAUGGCCCAUUGGACAGUGUUACAUCAUUGCCCAUUGGACAGUGUUACAUCAUGGCCCAUUGGACAGUGUUGCAUCAUGGCCCAUUGGACAGUGUUACAUCAUUGCCCAUUGGACAGUGUUACAUCACGGCCCAUUGGACAGUGUUACAUCACUGCCCAUUGGACAGUGUUACAUCACUGCCCAUUGGACAGUGUUACAUCAUUGCCCAUUGGACAGUGUUACAUCAUUGCCCAUAUUUGGACAGUAUGUAACAUCAUUGUCCAUAUUUGGACAGAUGAGGGUCAGCGAGGUCGACUCGGUGCAGCGAUGGUUGGAAGAUUUGCGUGGUAUGACGGAGACAGAAUGUAUGUGUAUAUUACAAGGAAAGUCAAUCUCAGGAGCAGUUAAGGAAGGAGUUAAAACAAAACAGAUUCACUCAAUAAAAGAUAAACUACAAUACCUCAGGCAUCGGGCUAGUGCAAUAAAUGCUAAGUUUGCGAACACAUAUCAUUUUCAGACUAUUAAUGGUGCGAAUCCUUUAGCAUAUCCUGUUGCCAGUUGCCUUGGUAACCUGGAGGAAUCAUUUACAAAGCUUGUCUAUAUGCUAGAGUCACAUUUAGCAAAGAUUUUAUUUGAGUGGUUAGACGACGAUUCAAGCUGUUGCGUUAAAACUGCCAUUACAGUGAUCACUAAUCUAGCACAAGAAAACGACGAGUGGAGCUUGCUCAUUGCAAAGGAAGGUGGUGUUAGUGCGUUGUUUCAGCUGUGUCGGCAAGAUACUUUCUCGUUUUUACGCACCGAUGCUUUGAGAGCUGUUGCCAUACUUUGCUGCAUGGUGGAAAAUAUAGAUGAAUUAGAAAAGGCUGACGGUGUUGAAUGCAUUACUGAUAUACUGUGUGAUGUCAAAACAAGCGAGGAUGUGCGAACUGAAGCUGCCGGUGUGAUAGCACAGAUCACGUCACCUGACUUAGACCAUUAUAAGCAUAUUAUUGGAUUUAUUGAAAAUUUAGAAGAUCUUAUAAAAGCAUUAACAGCUCUAACAAAAGAUGCCAGCAACAGUGAUGUUUUUCUAGUUGCCACGGCAGCCAUUGCCAACGUUACUUUCAUGGACAGCAUGGCAAGUGAAUUUUUAGCUCAAUACAAUGCAGCAUCAGUACUCAUCCAGGGCUGUAAACGAAAUAAAGCGCCCUCACUCUAUGCAAAGGACCAGGUGGCAACAAUACUUGCAAACAUGGCGUGCAUUGAGCAAUGUCGGCAGGAAAUCGCAACCGAAAAUGGAAUCGGUUUAUUAGUGCAGUAUUUACACGAGAAACCACGUCCGUAUGUGAACAGUUGCAUAUCAGAAGACGAGUUGGCCGCCUGCGAAAGAGUACAUCAGAAAGCGGCUAUUGCGUUAGCAAGAAUGAGUCGCGAGAAAGUCAAUGCUGAUAUCAUCAAAAACGAAAAAGGAGUUCCACGUUUGGUGCAUCUUUGUACAGACCACAGAGCAAGGAACAGUAGUGAUUCAGUCCUUGUGGCAUGCCUGGCUGCACUUCGCAAGUUAUACUCUAUGUUGGGAGGCACAGCUUUCAGACCAGAAGAUAUAAAACAACUUGUGAAACCCAGACUAUUAGACUCGUAUCUUUAUUGUACAUCUAUGGAAGAAACAUUUGUUUGACGUCGGCUGCUAUUUUGACGCCGACCGCUAUAAAAUUGGAACCAUGUUGUAAUGUAUGGAACACGUGUACGAUGUGCAAUUGAUAGCUACAAUGUUACAGUAUUAAGUAUAUAGGAGUGAAAACAGUACAUUCUAUACACUGCUGACUCACGAGUACGUUCCUCUCAGCGUGACCAUGAACUAUAUUAUGUACAUUACUGUACACUUAUUAUGAACAUAAUGACAUUAUUGUUAUACGUCUUUCCCACCUCAAUGUUUAGAAGAGACAAAUUAAGGGAUUGU